GCUCGCCCUCUUGGCUGUCAAACGAUUUGAAAGCUCUCUUUCCGGCAUCUUGUAAGGGAAACAAUUCAAGAUGGGUCGCUACGCCAAGGAACCAGAUAAUCCCGCCAAGUCGUGCAAGGCUCGCGGUUCGAACCUCCGGGUGCAUUUCAAGAACACCCGCGAAACGGCGCUAGCCAUCAAGCGUAUGCCUCUGCGCCGUGCCCAGAAGUUCUUGAAGAACGUCUGCGAAAAGAAGGAGUGCGUUCCAUUCCGUCGCUUCAACGGUGGUGUCGGCCGUUGCGCCCAGGCCAAGCACUGGAACACGUCCGUCGGCCGUUGGCCAAAGAAGUCGGCCGAGUUCCUGCUGCAGCUGUUGAAGAACGCUGAAGCCAACGCCGACUACCGGGGUCUCGAUGUGGACCGACUGGUCGUGGACCACAUUCAGGUGAACCGGGCGCCGUGCCUGCGUCGUCGUACCUACCGUGCCCACGGUCGCAUCAAUCCGUACAUGUCGUCGCCGUGUCACAUCGAGCUGUCCCUCACCGAGAAGGAGGACGUCGUGUCCAAGGCCGCCGAGAACGAACCCGCGAAGAAGAAGCUGUCCAAGAAGAAGCUCCAGCGGCAGAAGGAGAAGAUGAUGCGUAACGAGUAAACUUAGGCGCUAAGUUGAUGGAAGAGGUGUAUAUUGAAGGAUUAACUGAGAAUACAAAUAUUGGAAGCCGUAAGAAAAGUAA